CGUGGCCCAAGCGAAACAGGAGGCCAGAAGCGGGAAUUUGGAAGCCUCUGUCCAGUUGUUCCAACAGGCUCUUGAAAUCCAUUUCAGUGAAAAGCUGACGGCGAACAUAAAAAAGUUAGAGAAUGCCAUCGCUGCUCUGGCUGUGGACCAGGAGGACGAUGGGUUUGUGGAUGUGUGUCAGAGCGGACUAAUGCUGUACGGAGAAAUGCAUGACAAACUCUUUGAGCAUCAGAGAGAAGGGGUUGCUUUCUUGUACAAAUUACAUCAAGACAGAAGGAAGGGUGGCAUCCUGGCAGAUGACAUGGGACUCGGGAAGACUAUUCAGGUCAUUGCGUUCCUCUCUGGCAUGUUUGAUGCCGAACUCAUCCGUUCCGUGUUGAUUGCUGUCCCAACCACCCUUGUUAACAACUGGAUGAAAGAGUUUGCAAAGUGGACUCCAGGCCUGCGAGUGAAAGUCUUUCACGGGGUCUGCAAAGCUGAACGCAACAGAUCUCUGGAGCGGAUCCAGAGGAGAAAUGGCAUCUUGCUCACAACCUACCAGAUGAUCCUCAACAACUGGCAGCAGAUUUCUAGCUUUGGUGGGAAAGAGUUCGUUUGGGACUAUAUCAUUCUUGAUGAAGCACAUAAAAUUAAAUGUCCAUCUGCCAAAACGACGAAGUCUGUGCACGCCAUUCCUUCCAAACACCACAUCCUUCUCACAGGGACCCCGGUCCAAAACAACCUCAAAGAACUGUGGGCUCUCUUUGACUUUGCUUGUCAAGGUUCACUUUUAGGCACAGUCAAAACCUUCCGGAUGGAAUACGAGAAUCCUAUCACAAGAGCUAGGACAAAAGACGCCACUCCGGGAGAGAAAGCUCUGGGACUUAAAAUCUCAGAAAACCUGAAGUCCAUCAUUAAGCCAUAUUUUCUGAGACGGACUAAAGAUGUGCUACAGAAGGAAAAUAAGCCUGAACUUCCAAGCCACCUUCCUGGAGACCAGAGUAAAGAUGUUGCUCUUGCCAUGCCUUCUCUUCCUCGAAAAAAUGACUUCAUUGUAUGGGUGUUCUUAGCACCAGUACAAAAGGAAAUAUAUAGGAAUUUUCUGUCUUUGGAUCAUAUCAAGGAGUUGUUGAUGUCUACAAGGUCCCCACUGGCUGCACUUGAAAUCCUGAAGAAGCUCUGUGAUCACCCAAGGCUCUUGUCAGAUCGAUCAUGUGGUCAACUUGGGCUGGAAGUAUCCAGUUAUAGUGAACAGGAAGUUGGUGAAAAUGAACCUCGUGAUCCUCGAGACACGAAGAGGAAAAUUGGGCAUAUUUCUGAUGAGGUGCUGCUUCAGGAGUCAGGAAAGCUGGGUUUCCUGGUGGCGCUGCUGGAAAGGCUACAAGAAGAGGGACAUAGAACCUUGGUGUUUUCCCGGUCACGAAAAAUGUUGGAUAUUAUAGAGCGCAUCUUAACUCACCGGUGCUUUAAGCUUGUGCGCAUUGAUGGGACAGUGAACCAUCUGAUGGAACGAGAGAAGAGGAUUAGUAUGUUUCAGAAAGAUGGAGACUACUCUGUCUUUUUGCUUACUACUCAAGUUGGUGGGACCGGUUUAACCUUAACAGCUGCCAGCCGAGUUGUGAUUUUUGAUCCUAGCUGGAAUCCAGCUACAGAUGCUCAAGCUGUGGACCGAGCUUACAGGAUCGGCCAAAAAGAGAAUGUCAUAAUCUACCGGCUAAUUACUUGUGGGACGGUGGAAGAGAAGAUCUAUAGAAGACAGGUCUUCAAAGAUUCCUUAAUACGUCAAAGCACAGGAGAUAAGAAAAAUCCCUAUCGCUAUUUCACUAUGCAAGAGCUAAGAGAGCUGUUCACAUUAGAAGACAUACGAAGCUCAGCCACGCAGCUGCAGCUGCAGUCCUUACAUGCCACCCAAAGGAAAACAGAUACUCAGUUGGAUGAGCACAUUGCAUAUAUCCAUUCACUGGAGAUAUUUGGCAUUUCUGACCAUGAUUUGAUGUACACACAUGAAAUGGCACAUAGUGAUGAAGCUGAAAAUGAGGAAGCCCACAGGUACAUUGAACACAGGGUCCAAAAAGCCCAAGAAUUGGUAGAACUAGAAUCACAGCUGAGUGACCAGCUGAUGGGAAAUAUCAGAAAUAUGACUGAAGGAGCAUGGCUGAGAGAUACGGAGUCAUCCACUCAGCCAAAAAAGAAGCCACUGAAGUCUUCACCAAGUGACACUCCUGUACCAUCCAUAUCUGAAGGAACAAGCCCAAGAGUCAUGGAAUCAACCACUCCAUCAAAGAAAAAAUCACUAAAUUCUCCUCCAAGUCCUGUUGUUGCCUCACCUGUAUUUCUUGGUCCUGUAAUCAGUAAUGAAAUUAUGGAUCCUGUGAGUGACAGUGAAAAUGAUGAUGUUAGUGAUAUGGCCAAUCUGAGUUCUAAAAUGACCAGUCUGAUCAUUGAAGAUGUAGCUGUGGAACAAAAGCUUCAGAAUAUUUCUAAUAUGACUCUCUUGCCUUCUGAGGAGAAAGAGCACAUUGAACGAAGGGUCCAAAAAGCCCAAGAAUUGGUAGAACUAGAAUCACAGCUGAAUGACCAGCUGAUGGGAAAUAUCAGAAAUAUGACUGAAGGAGCAUGGCUGAGAGAUACGGAGUCAUCCACUCAGCCAAAAAAGAAGCCACUGAAGUCUUCACCAAGUGACACUCCUGUACCAUCCAUAUCUGAAGGAACAAGCCCAAGAGUCAUGGAAUCAACCACUUCAUCAAAGAAAAAAUCACUAAAUUUUCCUCCAAGUCCUGUUGUUGCCUCACCUGUAUUUCUUGGUCCUGUAAUCAGUAAUGAAAUUAUGGAUCCUGUGAGUGACAGUGAAAAUGAUGAUGUUAGUGAUAUGGCCAAUCUGAGUUCUAAAAUGACCAGUCUGAUCAUUGAAGAUGUAGCUGUGGAACAAAAGCUUCAGAAUAUUUCUAAUAUGACUCUCUUGCCUUCUGAGGAGAAAGAGCACAUUGAACGAAGGGUCCAAAAAGCCCAAGAAUUGGUAGAACUAGAAUCACAGCUGAAUGACCAGCUGAUGGGAAAUAUCAGAAAUAUGACUGAAGGAGCAUGGCUGAGAGAUACGGAGUCAUCCACUCAGCCAAAAAAGAAGCCACUGAAGUCUUCACCAAGUGACACUCCUGUACCAUCCAUAUCUGAAGGAACAAGCCCAAGAGUCAUGGAAUCAACCACUUCAUCAAAGAAAAAAUCACUAAAUUUUCCUCCAAGUCCUGUUGUUGCCUCACCUGUAUUUAUUCGCCCUGUAAUCAGUAAUGAAGUUAUUGAUCUUGUGAGUGACAGUGAAAAUGAUGAUGUUAGUGAUAUGGCCAAUCUGAGUUCUAAAAUGACUGGUCUGAUCAGUGAAGAUGUAGCUGUGGAACAAAAGCUUCAGAAUAUUUCUAAUAUGACUCUCUUGCCUUCUGAGGAGAAAGAGCACAAAUUUUCCAGAUUCCAAGUGUGUGAGCUAAAGCAUGGGAUAGGUCCUACAUCUCCUUUUCAGAUUCACUCAGUUUCCAACAAGGAGAACUACAGUCCUGAAUCCAAUGCAAUCUUUGAUCUACCUGCCAAGGAUACAGAUGAUGAGCAAAUAGUUUUCCAUAUAACUAAUACAGAUGUUCAACAUUCUGAGAACAAAGGAUAUAAGCCAACCAGAUUACAAAAAGAUGAGCAAAAUGAGAGUCUACAUGUUGUAUCAUCUUUUCCCCGAGCUCUCUCAUUAUCUGUUGAAGGCAACAUCAACUCUGAGUCCAAAAUGAUCUCUUGCGAUCCAUCUCCAAAAGCAAGAAGUGAGCUUAUAGAUGUCCAGAUGAAACCUUUGCAGCAGUCAGUUGUGUAUCCUUCUGACGAUAGCAUGCACCAAAUGGAGACUGAAAUGUCACUUGAUGUUCUUCCAAGCUCUCAUGGAGAUGCCUGCAAAAUUAAUGAACUAGAUGCUGUAGCACCACAUGAGACAAUGGCUAGGAAAAUGUCAGAAAGCAGUGCACUGCAGAAAUCUGGAGCAAGAGAAACCAUGCAGGACAAUGAAUCUCUUGCCAUUUCCUCCUCCUAUCCGGUCAGUUUCACUUUUGCCUUGGAGGAUUCUGAGGAUGGACCACAAACCAUCUCAGGAAAAGACAUGUCAUUGGAGGAGACAGAAAAUGAAGGAUUCCAGCUGAGGUUAGAUAGCCACUAUAGCUCUGCAGCUGAAUCUGUUGGGGGAGAAUAUGGGGACGAUAGAAGCCUCCAGACCAGCAAAGAUGUAAAGGGCUCUGUGGUCAUAGAUAAUUCCAAAAGCCCAUGUGAUGCUUUGAUGGAUAGCAGAGAGAGUUUUGGGUGGCGGAAAAAGAAACCUAUUAAAAUUAUUAUUUGGGAUGAUGAAGAGGAAGAGGAUAAAUUAAUAGAUGACCUGGAUGGGAGUUGUCCUAAAGAGGUAUCUGCCUUGAACAAGCCAGAUGGAAUUUGUAUGUCUACGCCAAAGGCCAACAGGCCAACAGCUGAGAUUUGUUUUUCUCCAGGGGUCAAAGUGAGCGGAAGACGAUCAACAGCUUCUCAACGAUCCCUUUUUGAUAUAGUCCUGGAAGAAGUGGAGGCUGCAGCAGGAGUAGAGGGAUCUGCUGGCAAUGUAUCGUAUGAUAAGUCUGAUCAGCACGGGUUUGAAAGACAGCUAACCCAAAAUUACAUUGAGCAGAUGUCAGAGGAAUUGGAAGAGGAACCAUCAGGAGAAACGCCAGACUCUGAGAGUGAACCUAGCCAUUUUCAUGAUACAAACUCUUCUAGGGAGAAAUCUUUUCUCUCUGAAGGGACAGCAUGGUGGGAAUCUGAUCCGUCUGCAAAAAGUAAGACCUAG